CUUUGGUCCAUACUGCUUUCAGCAGAGUGGUAGAGUAUUUGGAAAGGACUACAGGGGUGCAGUUUCCCUCAGCUGAUACGAUUAUGCAAGGAUAUCUUCACUUUGAAGCUCUUACAGAACAUGACUAUGAGUAUUCCUGCGUGAACUGUGGGGACCAUCCACCAGUUGUCAUCAUGGACCUCCAUAAGAAGGGGGCCUUCCAUUUGUCAGUAAGUGACCUUUCACCACCCCCAGAAGACUUCAAUGGAGAGGUUGAUAUGCAAAUUUUUUGGGAGGCACUUUCAUUGGAGAGGAUUGGUCGAGGAUUUGUAACAAGUCAACAAAAAAAUCCAUUUACAGUCCCACCAAGUUAUAACUUUUGGGCACCAUGGAUAGGUCCAAAAACAUGUAGAUCAAACCAUGUCCUUAAUACGGAAUAUCAAAAAGUCCGUCCUCCAAAACCGGCUGAGGUCUCUGAAAUGACAGUAAUAGAGGACUGCCUAAGAGAGGAACUAUACAAGCAGAAGGUUCAGGUGGUUAGGAAAUUAUGUAAGGAGUGUGGGUUAGAUUCGUCUGGAUCACGAGCUGACCUCCUUCUGAGAUUGUCAAAUGAAAUGAAGUCAAGGCAGACAUACGACAAGGUUUUUCAAAAGAUCUGGGCUGCUUCAGGUGGUUGGGCUGUAAUUAUGUGCCCAUGCGGCAUUGUGUACAGCAUAAAGUGUAACAUUCGAGCAGAAAGCCCACGUGACUUUGCAGACAUGUUGCUUUCUUGGAAGCACAUGCCAAAUGUUAUCAUAUAUGACUUUGCACGUGGGUUAGCAACCCACAUGAAUCUUAGAGAACCAGAAAGUUUACCUUUCAAACCCUUUGAAGGACGGUUAAGCCCCCCAACUCCAGACAACAUAGCCCAAGCCAAAGAUGGGAAACUGAAGGUCUCACUACCUUGGCUGAAUUGUAAAAAAAUGAUUCCAGACCCUGAAGGCCAUCCAGUGACUGGUUCAGCAGAGCAUUAUGCUCUGUAUGACCGGUUCCACGAGGACAAUACGAAAGAUCCCCGUGAUGUCCUGCGGAAGCUUUGCACGGUCCCACAACUGGCUGGAAAAGUAAACAGUCAAGUUGCAGAACAGCUAUUUUCCAGAAUGAAGAAAAUAAUUACUUUUUUAAACAUGGCUUUACCUUCAACACAUCUGUUCCUUAUGAGGAAUAUUAUACACCAUCAUAACACGUACAGAAAUGAACAACGUCUAGACAACAUAAAAAGGGCUUUUGGAAAUGAUGUCACAAUGAACAGGCACAGCCAGGCAGUGUUGGUAAAUCCAGUUUCCCCAGAGAAGGUCUCCACUGUUCCAAUGGGCAUUGAUGUACCAACUGGUAAGUAAUGAGGGACUCAUUCUGCUCUUCUCUUGUCAAAUUCUUAAUUAUGUUUUUCUGUAUGACAAAAGGCUUAUGGAAUAUCAGUGCUAAGAACUUCUUUCAUUUGAUGGGUUAACCUUUUUUUGAACAUGGACUGACCUGUAUGAAUAGGAACACUUAGUCAUUUUCGGCUUUAGUUUCAGCAGAGCCAGUGCCCAAGACAGCAUCCCUUGACACUCCCAAGGGAGCUCCCAAGACUGCACCCAAGCCAUCGUUCCUCACUGCGCCAAAGCCACCACCUUUCGG